AUGAAUCAAGUAAAAAUUAUAAGUCAUUUCUGUAGCAUAGGCGGGGGUCAGUUCCAAAUUGUGAAAGAGAAUCCGGAUCUUGACAAUUCGGUAAUUUAUAUUUCGGGGAAUUGUCAACCGAUUGGAUCAAUUCGAAAUAAAAAAAUGUGUACCGUAACUUCAACUCAUAAAAAAAUGUGUGCCGUAACUUCAACUCCCCUACUAAAUGAUCGUUUUGAAAAAAUUUCGACUGAUGAAAUCUUCGGUGAUUCAUCGAUGGUUGAGACGCCCACGACUUCCAUGCUAUCACCUUUUGAUACCAGAACCGAAGACCUAGGACCAUUUACUUCCAUGCCUUCUGGAACCAGAGCCAAAAACCCAAAACCAUCUAUUUCCAUGCCUUCUGAAACAACAGCCGAAGACCUAGGACCAUCUACUUUCAUGCCUUCUGGAACCACAGCUGAAGACCUAGAACCAUCUACUUUCAUGCCUUCUGGAACCACAGCCGAAUACCUAGGACCAUCUACUUCCAUGCCUUCUGGAACCAGAGCCAAAAACCCAAAACCAUCUACUUCCAUGCCUUCUGAAACAACAGCCGAAGACCUAGGACCAUCUACUUCCAUGCCUUCUGGAACCACAGCCGAAGACCCAAAACCAUCUACAGAACUUGUCUCACCCCCUGAAAAUGUAGGCAGUGUCAUCAGAUCUGCAAGCGAUCUAUCCGUAUUUGAUGAAGAUGACGAAAUUUGCAACUAUCAGAGACAAUUAAGUGCAUUUCUUGAAAUAAACAAUCAGUUUUGCGAUCAAACUUUAAAACUACAAAACAAUUUAAAGAAAAAAUUGUUUAAAUAUGAAACGAAAGUUUCACGCAUCAAAAAGCGUAUAAACAAACUGGCUAAAUAUGGUGAUAUGGCAAUAAAUUUAAAAACUUUGUAUAAAAAUAUAAAUAAAUAA